AUGGACAGGACUCUAACCGUAGGAGCAGCCUCCGGUUCUUUGUCAGCCAUAGGGUUUCGCCUGAUUUCCGAGCUGCUUCGUUCUGAACCCACACUGGUGAUUCCAGACUGCCCUCUGUGCCCCAGCUGCCCUGACCUACCUGAACUGCCUUCGCUUGAACAGGUGAAUUUCUACUCUGUGGUGCUCGGCGUCUUGAUUGGGAUCAGCAUUGGCCCUGUCCUGGACCUUUUGUACCUGGCUAGGCAGUCCUGGCGCUUUAUACCGGCUUGCAUGAGCAGGGCGACUGCAAGUGACGCUCGUGUUGAUCAGCUGGCUGAGGAUCUUGCUUCUCUCUCUCUGGAGGUGCAGCGCCUCCGCCAACGGGUGGCUGAGCUGGAAGGUCAGUUGCCUGGGAACUCGGCUCGUUCUUCCAGUGAUUUUUCUUUGGUUGAACCCCCAAGUGUAGCCCCUGAAACCAGUCGAGCGGCUGGAUAUUGUGUUGGGUCUGAGAGGGAGCAAAUUGCUCGCGAUAUCGGGCUUUGGUUGCGAAGGGCCCUGGACGGACGUCCUCGAGGACCUUCUGGCAGAGAUCGCAUUCAACUCUCCUCCCGAUUCUACGUGGUGUGUCGCGACAUCCACGGCGCUGUGCACGAUCCACCUUUGCUGUUCUCAUCUUGGAGGCUAGCGAAGGAGAGCUGCUUUCGCCAAGGAGAACCUGGUGACGCGAUCUUUGUGGGCUUACCCUCCAAGACCGAGAUUGAGAUUGCCCUGCCAAUGAGCCGUGGUGCAAGUGACUUUGAGGGAGCCGAGGGGGAGCCUGAGACCCUUGGCCUUCGAAACAAUUUUGUUCUCUCAGGUGAUUCAGUCAAUUCGGACUACAAGGUGGGCGUUUUGAACAUCUCUGACCCGCCUGGGUCCUUCAGCUGCAUUGCCGUGUGCCUGUGUGACAACAAAGUCUUGGUAGCCGUGCCAGACGGAGCUUGGGCCAGGUUGAAACGUGAUCGUGCCCUGCCGCAGAGCGCGUUGAAGAAGGCUGUGCGUGUAGAAGUACAACCAUGUUCUCCUGGCGAUCGAGCCACCCCCGCUGGACCUGCUUCUCUGCCCAUUUGGCUAGGUCUUCUUUCUCCUCCGCUCGAAGAAGCUGUGGACUAUGCAGAAGACGUCGAACCAGCCGAGGUGGACUUUCCAGCAAGAGACGAUGGCACACAACUUUUGCCCCUGGCUACAGCUCUGGUGGCUGUGUCACGCGAUCACUUCGCCUUCAUGACUGCCGAGUCCGAGGUGCCCAAGCCAGCCAGUGGAGUUUUAGAAGGACGUAUGGACAAGAUGGAGGAAAGCAUCAAUCAGCUGAUCGCCCUUGUGAGCGACCUUCGAAAGCCUGCUCCGGCGGCCCCUGCUGCUCCUCCCGGCUUGCCUCAUCCCCAAAAGUCAGCGGCGCCAGACCAGCGUGCCAGACAAGCUCUAGCAGCCGGGGUAGACCCUGCUGCUUUGGGAGAAUUGCGGGGCAUGCUCGGCCUACCAGAGCCUCCGGUCAGCCGGAGACCUUUAGAGCCAAAAGGUGCUGUCAAUGUAGAGUCUUCAGAAGAGGAAGCGGAGGAGGCAGAUCUAGCAGAAGAUGGCUCGGCAGGAGUGCUGGGCAAGGCUGUAGUCAGCUUGACCAAGAUAGUCAAAGACAUACACAAGGAGAAGAAGAAGGCCAAAGAUCGUGGGCUCGAAAGCAUCUUGGACCAAGCCGAAGGAAGUGGUUCUCAUCGAGAUGCUGGCGGAGCUUCCAGGAGCAAAGCAGCAGCCCUUCGUUCUCUUCAACAACUGCUGGUGUCAGACCCGGCCCUCAUUUACCAAGCCAUCGAGAAGAACCUGCAGGCCGACUGGGAACUCAGUGGCAGCACUCCUGGCAUGAACGUCAGCCAGAUCAGUGUUCGUGGAUGGAUCGAACAUCGCUCUCGGAUCCAAAAUUAUCCGAGCAGCGUCCGUCCUGCCUGGAUUCUAGGCGGUGUGUGGGACUGCUUGCGAAAUGGGAGGGCAGAAGAAGCUCGAGCUCGAGCAGCGCUGGGGGCGCCUCCGCCUUACAGCAGCUUCAACGGCCACACUGCGCCCGAGGCCAGCGAGUUGCAACACUCCAGGCUUCUCGAUCCGCGCUGGGUGGAGCUCUUCCUGGCCAAGCUCAAGGAUCUGGCGGAGUACCAGGAGAAGAGGUCCAAGCUGAUCACAAAGCAGAAAUCGCCGGAGCAACCUGGCCCGAAGGCCGAUCCCAAGCCGAAAGAGAAAGGUGGUGGCAAGGGAAAGACAAAGGGAAAGAAGGAGAACCCGGAGGAGAAGACCGGGCAAGGGGCCGCAGAGAUCGUCCAGUACGUGAUGUACCCGGAGCUAAUGAGCCUUACGCUGCCUGCAGAGGGUAGUACAGCCAACACUUUGUGGCCGAUGCCAUUGCCUUACCCUGCUUUGUUUGAGGGCCCUGCGGCCGACCCAGCACAGCUGCCUUUUCCUAUUCGAGCCCUUCACAAGGCGUUGAACUUAAUGGUGGCAGCGCUUUCUUGGCUUCACAUGGGUCGACCGCGAGUCGCCCCGGCUGCUAUGGCUUUGUUUCGGCCGUUGAGCUCUCAGCAGAGAGGUGUGGUCCGCAGAUUGGAGCGGCUGGCAUCCGAAGUGCAUCAUGCUAAAGUGGUAAAACCUCCUGACAUGGGGAGGAAUGCUGCAAAGGUGGAAGGCUUGGAUGAGCUGCUGCGAGGGCUACAUGAGGCGGCAGCUUUUUUGCCUCAGGGACCCUACCAGCCUGCUUUGAGGAAAGCAUGUCCUUUUGAUGGUCCUCUUCAAGCUGGGCAUGCGUUGGGCGAUCCUGGGGAAGAGCUGGGGCGUGUAUCUUGCCCGAAGCCUGUGUCGGCCAAGCCAGUGAAUGCUAGUCGACUUUCUUUCCCGGAAGAUCGCCCUGAAUUUGAGCCGGCGACACUUUUUCCUGAACCUCAGCGCGCAGUGUUUGAGGACCCGGUGAGUUUGGCCAGAGCUCCUAGGGAGGGCGAUGAACCUCCCCCUCAAGUUCGGCUUCAAGCCUCGCACCACGAAGCUCUAGCUCUUUUUGAAUUCCUGGAUCGUCAUCACCGACUGCAUUUGGCCCCUGCAUCGCAGAUCAGAAAAGACCGCACUUGUGGGGCUUUUGCUUUGCUCAAAGAUGCCGAGAAAGACCGUUUGAUUAUUGAUGCUAGGGCCGCAAACGAGCUGGAAGAAACUCACCGAACUUUUUGUCAAACGUUGGGAGCUGUGUCAGCACUUCUUCAGAUUGAGUUGCCUGAAGGAAAGAAUUUACUUUUGAGUGGCACUGACCUUCGUGACUAUUACUACUGUUUUAAGGUGAGCAAGCAGAGAGCUCGUAGGAAUGCUUUUCGUUUUCCACUCACUCGUGCUCAAGCGGCAGCUUUCAGAUGUUUUGCAGAGGUUGACAAUGGAGAGCAACACUGGUAUCCCUGUCUGAACACCAUGGCCAUGGGGGACAAUAAUGCUGUUGAACUAGGACAAGGAGCUCAUGUACUUCUAGGACUCAGAGCUGGCAUUUUUUCCCCUGAAGAGCUUUUGACCAUCCACAGUCGUGCGCCUCGAGGUCCACUGGCCUGCGGCAUCAUCAUAGAUGAUAUUCUUUUUGCUGAGCAAGUAGAUAACCAUGCAGUUCCCUCCGGCGCCAUGACCGAAGGCGAGCUGCGGCUGCUGCGCAUGUGCGAAGAAUAUCUUCGUGAGGGCCUGACGGCUCACCCGAGGAAGACCUUCAGGCGAGAGGGGCAAGCAGAAAUCUGGGGGGCCUCGGUAGAUGGCAUUGCUGGAACAGUGCGGGCCGCCCCAAAGCGGCUCAUCCCUUUGAUGGAGCUCACCAUCAAGACCAUCAGAGGACGAGUAGCCACAGUGGGGUUGCUGGAAGUUUUAGCCGGCGCUUGGGUCUCUAUUCUCCAAUGUCGCAAGCGUAUGAUGUGCCUUCUAGAUGAAGUUUACCAAGCUCAACAUGGGCGCUCUUCAGACACCCUGGUGCGCCUCUCGGGCCCCCUGGUUGAUGAGUUAUGGAUGGUUGUGAUUUUGGGACCCCUCGCUGUGACAGACCUUCGUGCCAAGACGGUCCCGCAAGUGUUUCUUUCAGAUGCCUCUGAAGAGUUCAAGGCGGCUGUGCAGUGUGAGAUUAGCGAGGUGUUUGCACGAGAGCUGCAUCGCCACGCCCUAGCUCGGGGUACCUGGAACAAACUCCUCACGCCAUGGAAAGUAUGGUGUAAGAUGCAUGGCCACCUGUUUGCGGAAGAUGAACUUCCUGACGGGAUCCCGAUGGUUAGCCAUCCAGUUUGGGUGGCUCUGGCUCAAUGUUUGCAAUUCAAGCUGCUGCGCCGAAAGGAGGUCAGAACUCGGCGCCACAUCAACAUCUUGGAGCUGGAGUCUGUGUUGGAAGUGGAAGAGAGCCUUGCCCGGCGCUGCACCGACGUGCGAUACUUGUUGGGUUCGGACAGUCAAGUCACCCUAGCUGCCUUGUUGAAGGGGAGGUCUAGUUCUCCACGUCUCAACCGGGCUUUGCAGAAGAGCCUUGCUAUGCUGCUGGGUUCGGGGUUGUAUGGAUCUUAUGGGUAUGUCCCUUCCUUGAGCAAUGUUGGUGAUGAUCCGACGAGACAUGCAGCCAUCCGCGCUCCUGCCAGGUCUGUGCCUUCCUGGCUUGCAAGUGCGCUCCUGGGAGACUUCAGCGAGAUGGAUAGCUGGCUUGCUGAGCUGGGCUACUCGCCUACGGUGGUGGCCGGACUGGGUUUUCUGACUGGUGAAGAUGAGUGCGAGGUAGCUUUAGCUGAACAUGUAGCUGAAUUAAGACGUGUACAGAAGCCGGAUAGGAUGAAGAAGUUUUUCGAAGCCCAGCAGAAAACGGCUCCAAAGGAGUCUGAAGCUUUAGAGGACCGUCUCACCCCGUCAUUUUGUACAGAGGAAUUCGGUAGGGUAGCAUCUAGUAGCCAUUUUGGUAGCAGCCCUUGCAGUAAUUCGGAUACUGUAGACUUAGCCGUAGCUCCUUUGCCUGAUGCGCUUUGUACAGCUAGGAAAGCGUCAUCAGCUGACUCAGAAAAGAAACUGAUAAGAGGGCAACAAGAGCCAUGUGAAGGCCACUCAAAAACUGGUAACAAGAGGCCACAAGAUCUCAAUGAGACAGCACCCACAAGUGGUGAAGAGAGGCCCACAGCUGUUGGUUCAGGUGAUGAGCGGGUAGCCCCUCCCGCAGGUGUAGGAGGUUUAGGAGUAGGUAUUGACACCUGCUCUUGUGAGCUCCCCGGGCGCGGUCAUAGGUCUAAAGCCAUGACAGAGAACUUGCGUUCUCCGCUGCUGAGCAAUGCUGCACAAGCGGCCCUCCCCGGGCGCGGUCAUAGGUCUAAAGCCAUGACAGAGAACUUGCGUUCUCCGCUGCUGAGCAAUGCUGCACAAGCGGCCCUGCAAGAGCUGCCUUACCAGAUGUUUCUGCUCCCCGGUGGUCGAAGAGCGAGAUGUGCUGCUGACGUCGCUGGUCUUUGCAGGCGUGGUGUUUUAGAUCUGUAUAGUGGAGCUGCAGGAGUAGCAAAACAACUUGCCAAACGGUUCAACAUCUGGGUGGUCACAGUUGAUUUUGAACAUGGAUCCGAGCAGGAUCUCUUAGACCUAAAACUACAAGAACGACUGUGUCAGCUGUUAGCACUGGAAGUCUUUUUGGGGCUCGGCGCGGCGCCUGAAUGCUGCUCCUUUUCCAGAGCGGUGACUCCGGCAGUACGGAGUAGUGCAGAGCCGUGGGGUCUACUUGCAUCCACUUAA